UGGACGACCGUUAAAGUGAAAGUGGUAUAUUCCUGUCCAGAAUGCACUUCGAUUUUGGCAAAAAUGGCGGCCUCCUGUUCGCACCUAGGGCGUCAAAUCUCCAAGACUGGACGUCUGUUUAAUAAAAGCUUAAAGGAACCGUGGCAUGGGAGAUAUUUUGGACUCAGCUCUGCUUUUUGCCAGGAACCUGGAGCUGCAUUGUCAGGCUCGCAAGAGGAAAUUGUGAUUCCAAGGAAGAAAACAUGGAGUAAAGAAGCUGUAUUGCAGGCUCUAGCAUCCACUGUGAACAGGGACCCCACUGCCUCUCAUUACAUGUUUCAGGAUGAUUCCUAUCUCGCCCCAAGAACAUCUGGAGAGUUUAGACUGUAUUCUUUGUCUCAGGAAUCCGGCCGAAAUGCAGCUAAGUAUUUCAUCAACACAUACCCCAAGUACUUCCAGAAGGACUUCGCAGAACCCCAUAUUCCAUGUUUAAUGCCAGACACGGUGGAGCUACAAAUAGAAGAGUUGUGCGAGGAUGCUCUUGUGGAGCGCAUUAGGCUGAGAAAAGUCAAGGCUGCUGUGGACAUGUAUGAUCAACUGCUACAGGCAGGCACUCCCAUAUCACUGGAUCUGACCAAUGACCUGCUGGACCUGAUUUGUUUGUACGGAGAUCGGGAUCCAGCACAAGAAGAUUCCCCAGAACAGACAACUGACGAAAUUGGAGAGGAGCAAGAUGAUUCAAAGAGGAGAAAGGGAAGACCACGAAGGGCUUCUGAGCUACUGACCAUUGUAUGGAGGGAGAACAAUAACGCGCAGAGGAUCUUUAACACAAUGGCAGAACGGAACAGUCAGUCGUACAGCGCGCUUAUUAGGGGCAUGGUGAAGUAUGGAGCUUACUCCAAGGCUUUUGACAUGUACACGGACUUGCUGAACAACCGACUGACUGCUGAGGUGCACACCUUCAAUGCGCUUAUCAUCGCUGCUGCUGAAGUAAAGGACAAAUACACAGAUAAAUGGGACAUGAUUGUUGACCUUCUGAAGCAGAUGGCUCAACAGAAGGUUAAGCCCAACCUGCUGACAUUUAACUCCGUGCUGAAGGCACUGCGUCGGUGCGGCUCAUUGGCCAGAACACAGGCCUUCCCCGUCCUCAAUGAAAUGAAGGCCCUCGGCAUCGGGCCCAGUUUGGCCACCUAUGACCAUAUCCUUGGGAUCUUUUAUAAAUCGGCCAGAUCAGCCCAAGGACACACUGAGAUCCUACAGGAAGUGUUAAAUGAGAUGUCAGGAAAGAGCUUUACACCCCAGGACCCAGAUGAUGUGCAAUUCUUCCUGAAUGCGAUGAGAGUUUGCCUGGACAAUAAGGAUAUUGAACAAGCUUACAGAGUGCACCACUUGCUAGGAGUGGGGGACAACUGGCAACUUUUGGGGGAUUCCUAUCAGCAGAGUAUCUACUAUGGACGCUUCUUUAACCUGCUGUGUAUGAUGGAGCACAUCGACGUGGUGCUGAAGUGGUACCGAGAGUUCGUUCCCUCUCUUUAUUACCCCAAUGCUCAAGCAAUAAAAGAUUUGCUCCAGGCAUUAGACACAGACAACAGAUUAGACCUGAUUCCUCAAAUAUGGAAAGAUAUGAAACAGCUGGGACAUGACAAUAAGACUGACCUGUUGGAGCAGAUCCUUUCUCUUAUGGCCCGGGAGAAACAAAGUGCUGAGAUUCAACAAUCAUUUGCAGAGUGUGCUCUGGAUGUAAAGAGACUGUACAUGCAGACUGACCGUGGCAGAGUGCCACUCAGCUGGUCAGCAAAUUCCAUUAGCAGCAUCACCUCCAUUCUGCUGGCAGCUGAAAGGAUACAGGAGGCUGGAGAAAUGCUGAACGUCUUCAAAACCACAAACAGAAUUCCAUCCGAUGACCUGAUGAAUGAGUUUUUUGCCUGUAUAAAGGCACACAACGACGGUCAGCAGGCUGUCGAGCUGGUCCAAAUCUCUGCUAGUUUCUGCCUGCCCGUCACCCCACAUCUCAUUGAGAGAGCGCAGCAGGAGUUUGAGCUAACCGAUGAGCAAAGGAUGCUGUUAUCAGAUCUGGAGUCUUCCACACACGAGUGAUUAUAAUGGAUGUAAUUUAUCAAAUGUGUCUUUACAAUAAUAAAACUGCAAAUGUAAGCAAA